GAUCUCUGUGUUUACCUUCACCUUCACUUGAAAGUCAACCAUGGACACCUUUCACUCAUUAGUCGACAUCUCCAAGCCUUCGCUGUUCCUUUCCCUCGCAGCAAUAACCUUCAAUCCAACCGCAUGGAACAUCGUCGCGAGAAACGAGUACAGAAACAAAACCAUCACGCGCAUUUUCGGUGGCAGCCCAAAGGCAGGAUGCUACUUCCUCGCUGUGAUGAUUUUUUCGUUCGGGAUGCUACGGGAUUAUCUGUACCAUGCUGCGAUGGCAGAGCAGCCCAAGGUGGAGCUGCUACCAGAGCCGUAUAGCAAGGCACUGCCGUUGGCGCUGAUGGGUACAGGACAGCUGUUGGUGGUGUCGUCGACGUGGGCGCUGGGUGUCACUGGCACGUUCUUGGGAGACUACUUUGGUAUUCUUAUGGACCAUAGGGUUGAGGGAUUCCCGUUCAACGUCCUGAACGACCCCAUGUACGUUGGGAGCACCAUGUGUUUCCUUGCUGGAGCCCUGUGGGAAUCUUCUCCUGCAGGACUGUUCAUCACACUCUAUGUAUACAUUGUCUAUAUUAUCGCUCUACGAUUCGAAGGACCCUUCACUGACAUGAUGUACUCAAAACGCGCCGAAGAGCUAGCCAAGGCGUCCAAGAAAGAUUAAUGAGUUUAUGACGCGACAUGCUGACUCUCAUCAGUCAUAUUCUAGAUUUUCGGGAAGCAGGCUGGUUUCAACUCCAGUGUGCGUGAAUAAAUUCCCUAAUAUCACUCUCUUGAAUUCCGUAUAUACAUCACAGAAGUAUAAAUUUAAUGUCUAGAUUUGCUGCUGUGUACGAGCCCACCAACCUUAUUGGACUACUAAGAAUGCAACU